UGAAACUUACGGUGUCGUUUUGACAACACUUAAACCCUAGACAAGCCCGAUCACUCCAUAUAAACUCCUCCUCGCCUCAUCAACAGCGCCUCAGGGAGAGAUCCAGAGAGAUUCAGAGAGAGAGAUAACUGAUCAAUCAAGAUGUCGAAGCGAGGUCGCGGAGGCUCCGCCGGAAACAAGUUCCGGAUGUCGCUCGGUCUCCCCGUCGCCGCCACCGUGAAUUGCGCCGACAAUACCGGAGCCAAGAACCUCUACAUCAUUUCAGUGAAAGGAAUUAAAGGACGCCUCAAUCGAUUGCCUUCGGCUUGUGUUGGUGAUAUGGUUAUGGCUACUGUCAAGAAAGGGAAGCCUGAUUUGAGGAAGAAGGUUAUGCCUGCUGUUAUCGUCAGGCAACGCAAGCCGUGGCGUCGAAAGGACGGUGUUUUCAUGUAUUUUGAAGACAAUGCCGGCGUCAUUGUGAAUCCGAAGGGGGAAAUGAAAGGAUCUGCUAUUACGGGUCCAAUUGGGAAAGAGUGUGCUGAUCUUUGGCCAAGAAUUGCAAGUGCAGCAAAUGCUAUCGUGUAGGUGCACUUUGAAGUUCCGGAUUAGUUGCCUUUAUUAGUCUGGAGAUUUCUUUCUUUAACUAGUUUUGUAAGAAUUGGCACUUCCUGGUUAUUUCUUAUGGAUUGAUGUCCAAACUUUAUCUUAAAAGCAAAUUAACCAAGUGUUGGAGAGACACAGUUGAAUGAUUCCAAAAACCUGUAUUAUUUGUAUUUUUUUUAUUAUUCAAAAGAAAUGGAAAUAAACCUUGAACUUUUAAA